CGUGUCUGUCUGUUGUCUGACUGGAGCUGUGUGUUUUUGUCCGCUCCGCUGUCAAUACCACACUACUAGCCCAAAUAUUAAUGCAAUGCAAUGGGAAUAUAGCGAUCAUGGCUAAGAAUCUAAUUUUGUUAAUUUUUCUCGUCCUGGUUUGCAUAUUUGGAACUUAUGAUGCUUUGUGGUGUAACUGCACCACAGCCCAGUGUGAGAAGACUGGCUCCCAGUGUGAGACAGACGGGGCCUGCAUGGCCUCCACGUCCUUCAUCAAUGGGCUGGAGCAGCACAUCCGUAUCUGCAUCACCCGGGACAAGCUGGUACCCCCGGGCCAGCCCUUCUACUGCCUGAGCGCUGAGGGCCUCCUCUACACACACUGCUGCUACACUAACUACUGCAACAGCCUCGACCUCAAAGUAACCUCUGUGACGUCUCGGCCGGGCCUGGGGGGUGUUUUUGGCCCUGAUGGUAAAUGGGGUCCAGUGGAGCUGGUAGCAGUGGUCGCAGGGCCCGUCUGCCUGCUGUGUGUGCUGCUAAUCAUGGGUGUGUUCCUGUUCCAGUACCACCAGCAAGCCUACAGCCACAGGCAGAGGCUGGAGGUGGAGGACCCCUCCUGUGACCAUCUCUACAUGGCCAAGGACAAGACCCUGCAGGACCUCAUUUAUGACAUGUCCACCUCUGGAUCAGGCUCUGGCCUCCCUCUGUUUGUCCAGCGAACAGUGGCUAGGACCAUCGUGCUGCAGGAGAUUAUAGGGAAAGGGCGUUUCGGGGAAGUGUGGCGCGGCCGCUGGAGAGGAGGAGACGUGGCGGUGAAGAUCUUUUCGUCCAGAGAGGAACGCUCCUGGUUCCGCGAGGCUGAGAUCUACCAGACCAUUAUGCUGCGCCACGAAAACAUCCUGGGAUUCAUCGCCGCCGACAACAAAGAUAAUGGCACAUGGACCCAGCUGUGGCUGGUGUCAGACUACCACGAGUACGGCUCUCUGUUUGACUACCUGAACCGUUACUCCAUCACCAUCGAGGGAAUGAUCAAACUGGCACUGUCUGCUGCCAGCGGCCUGGCACACCUGCACAUGGAGAUCCUGGGCACACAGGGUAAGCCUGGUAUUGCCCACCGGGACCUCAAGUCUAAGAACAUCCUGGUGAAGAAAAACAGUACCUGUGCCAUUGCUGACUUGGGGCUGGCCGUGCGCCAUGAGUCCACCACCGACACCAUAGACAUCGCCCCCAACCAGAGAGUGGGCACAAAGAGGUACAUGGCCCCUGAGGUUCUGGAUGAGAGCAUCAACAUGAGGCAUUUUGAUUCGUUUAAGUGUGCAGACAUCUACGCUCUGGGCCUGGUUUACUGGGAGAUCGCACGCCGCUGCAACGCUGGAGGUAUCCAUGAGGAGUACCAGCUACCGUACUUUGACCUGGUGCCCUCUGACCCCUCCAUAGAGGAGAUGAGGAAGCUGGUGUGUGACCAGAAGCUACGGCCCAACGUGCCCAACUGGUGGCAGAGCUACGAGACCCUGCGUGUGAUGGGGAAGAUCAUGAGGGAGUGUUGGUACGCCAACGGAGCCGCCCGCCUCACCGCCCUGCGCAUCAAGAAGACCCUGUCCCAGCUGAGUGUCCAGGAGGACAUCAAAGUCUGAGAGGGCCCUAUCCCAAAGACCUGAGGAGAGCACUGGGGACUCUGUCCUGCACUAAAAAAAAUACUGAGAGAGAUAGAGGGACAGUGUCUUUUCAAAGAACGCACAAGCUAAGGACAGAAAAUGUAAACAAACAAAAAAACAUUACAUGACUCUCCUGACAGUUUCUUUUAAAGCCACCACCGCCUGAGUUGUGACGAACCCUACCUCGUAUAUUCAGCCAAAACUACUGGUAACCCCUGUCCAUCCCUUGCCCCCAACCUAUCCCACCAUUUUGACCCACAAACCUGUUCCUGCAGCCCCCUUCUCUGUUCUGUUCCUACUAAAAUUACUGCAAUUACUGAUAUUACUACUGCUCCCGAUAAUGCCCAUGUUAAUCUCAAUGGCAGGAUAAACACUGAGUGUACAAAACCAUUAAGAACACCUUCCUAAUAUUGGGGUGGAACCCCCCCCCCCCCCCCACCCCUUUCCCUAAGAACAGCCUCAAUUCAUGUUGACUCCAAUGCUUUCCACAGCUGUGUCAAGUUGGCUGGAUGUCCUUUGGGUGGUUGACCAGUAUUGAUACACACGGGAUAAACCCAGCAGCGUUACAGUUCUUAACACACGCAAACUGGUGCACCUGGCACCUACUAUCAUACCCCAUUCAAAGGCACUUAAAUCCUUUGUCUUGCCCAUUCACCCGUUGAAUGGCACACGUACACAAUCCAUGGCUCAAGGCUUAAAAAUCCUUCUUUAACCUGUCUCCUCCCCUUCAUCUACACUAAUUGAAGUGACAUCAAUAAGGGAUCAUAUCUUUCACCUGGAUUCAGCUGGUCAGUCUGUCAUGGAAAGACAAUGUUUUGUACACUCAGUGUACACUCUGUAUAAAACUGUAGUUAGAGGAUGUGUGUAAUUUAAUUUUUUACAAUAUUUUUUAUUCGAUUCACAAGUACCUAUACAUUUGUAUUUGUUUGCCUUUAUAUUGUAUUGAUGCUAUGUUGAAUCACUGAUGGCAGAGGUCUGUUUUUCAAUUGUUUUCUUUUGUCAGGGAGUGUGUGUAUAUAGGGGGAAGAUGAGGUCCGUCUUUGAAUACUGUAUACUGAUCUCUCCGUUGUAUGUACAUACACACUGAGAAAUUGAUUUUAAAAUCCAUGAAGACCAAGUCUUCCUCAUUUAUGUGGGCAUGUUAUGUAUCAUUUAUGGUAGCAGUGGUCUGUGAGUCACAGAGAUCAGGUUACCAGAACAUAGGUUUACAGCAACCAAUGCUGUUUUGUAACUCCUAUUGCCUACUUAGAGGCAGGAAUGGUCCAUACAAACACCUGGCUUUAUGGUAUUUCAUGACGACGGACUGUAUAGCCAUUUCGUGUGUGUGUGUGUGUGUGUGUGUGUGUGUGUACACGCUCUAAUGGCGGGUUGCUGUUAUGAAUUCGAUUUUAUUUCCUCACAAUACCUCCAUGUACGUUUCCCCUCAGGUUAUAUUCUCCCGGGCCAAGCUUAACCACAGUCUCACUUUAAAUGGUUAGUGUGGUUCUGUAUAUAUUACCCUUUUUGAUUUGAGUUUCAUUUGACAACAGUUUAACACUGGUAACUGUUCUUGGAUGGGAGACAAUGGGAGGGGCUUAUUUGUGCUGUCAAUCAUCCACUGAUAAAGCAACACUACUGUACACUGUCAUUGAAAGCGCAUACUGAGUCCAAUUUGAUGUCUCACAUUACUAUAGAACAGUAUUUGAGUCAAUACUCCAUAUUCUUCAAUUCUACUCAACCUAUUUUACAUCCUUGAUAUGCAAAUUGUAAAUAGUUUGUAUAAUGAUUUACCUCAUGUCAAAUCAUAUUACCAAAUGUUAUUUUCAGGAAAACUAUGUACUGUUAAAAUUUUUGCUUUGUUGACCACUUACUCAAAAGGUACUGGGGACUUAAAGCCUCUUUCCUUGUGUUCUUAAUCCUGCCAGUUUGCUGUGAGUUCCUAGAAAAUGCUCUGCAGGGCCCAUGUGUGCACUACUAACUCCACAGCAUCGCAACCAAACCGUUCAAGUUCAACACCCCUCACUGUUUUACUGCAGAUUAUACCAGUGAAAGCAGAGGGUGUUUAAUAUGUUCAGUAAGCAUUUUAAUCACAGUUCCUCAGUGAUCGGUAAAUACCUCUCCCAGAUUUCACAUUUUCAGAAAGCUAAGUAAGAGUGAGGAUUCAUCAGACCCUCUGUAAAGGGUGCUUAUUCAGUAUGGCUAUAGCACAUACAGGCAGGGGUUGAACCUUUGAAAAAUGAAAUACUGAUACUUAUGACUGCUGUUCCACAGGAAAUACUGUAUGCCCUGUAUGUAUUUAUUUGUGUUAGUUAAUGACCCUGUACUGUAUUUUAUUUUUUAUAGUUCUUGGGAGAUGUCCAAGAACAUGUGUACAUGUUCUUCCUGAAAAUGUGGUUGUUUAUGGCUGUGAGUGGGAGGCAGGACCUGGGUGUUUGUCUGCAUACUGUUAGACAAUCUCACCACACAUCCACCUGUCUUUGGUCAGGGAUUGAUCCUAUGCAAAUGUCAUAGGCCAUGGUUGGGAUGUGUCUAUGGCCUUGUUUUGAGCACACACUGUUAAGGGGUGGUAUGACAUGUAUUGUGUUUAAUGAAGCAUUGAAUUAUGAACACCCAGGUCUCUAUCCAGACAUCUGGACUAAAACCAUGAACCUUUUCAGGACUAGUUUCCAAUCAUGCAUAUAGCCUAGAGUAAUAAUACAACCGUUUUCCUAA